CAUCUUGGAAGUAGCAAAUCCUGUAACCUGAACUUCCUUACAUUUUUUACUAAUUGUACGAAUCUGCGAGUAUUGGGUAUAGGUUACAAUCGUCUAGGCGACGAAUUGCCCAAUUCCAUAUCCAAUCUCUCGACUCAGCUCAGGAUAUUCACUAUGGGUUCAAACAUGAUACAUGGAAGCAUUCCUGUGGGAAUUGGUAACCUUAUCAGUUUGACAUUACUUGGCAUGGAAGGGAAUAUGUUCACUGGUACUAUCCCUGCUGCCUUGGGGACACUUAAGAAAUUACAGAAAUUGUAUUUAAACUAUAACAGAUUGUCAGGUCUAAUUCCUUCCUCCAUAAGCAACUUGACCCAAUUGAUUGCAGUGUUCAUGGAGGAGAAUAACUUAGAAGGAAAGAUACCUGCUAGUCUGGGAAAUUGUCAAAAUUUGUUGCAAUUGAACCUCUCUUUUAAUAACCUAAGUGGUACCAUACCAAAAGAAGUUAUUAGUAUUUCUUCCCUUUCCAUUUCAUUUGCAGUGAAACAUAAUUCUUUGACUGGUUCGUUACCAGUAGAAGUAGGUAACUUGAAAAAUCUCGUGGAGUUGGAAGUCUCUGAGAACAAAUUUUCAGGUGAAAUACCAAGCACACUUGGCAGUUGUGUUAGCUUGGUACGCCUAUACAUGGCUGGUAACUCCUUCCAAGGAUAUUUUCCACUCUCCUUUGAGGCUUUAAGAGCACUAGACGAAGUGGAUCUUUCACUCAAUAAGCUUUCUGGGAUGAUACCACAAUAUCUUGAGCAUUUCUCAUUCUUGAAGAAACUUAAUCUCUCUUUCAAUGAUUUCGAAGGCGAAGUACCAAAUCUAGGGCCCUUUGCAAAUGCAAGUGCAAUUUCAGUAGUUGGAAACAGGGGUCUCUGUGGUGGUAUGCCAAAAUUACAAUUGCCCAGAUGCUCCAAAGAAGCCCCUCAUAGAGGAGGGAAGGUUUCUUCAUCAGGUAUAAGAAUCAUACUUCCUAUUGUGAUUUUGACGAUUGUUGUCAUUUCAUGUCUCGUUACUAUCUUCUUUUGGACGAGACGCCCACGGAAGAGAGCUUUAGUAGCAUCUUCUUCUAAUGAUUGGCAAUCACGUAUCUCUUACUCGGAGCUAUUUAGAUCAACUAAUGGAUUCUCAGAGGAUAAUUUGGUUGGUCUUGGUAACUUUGGUUCUGUGUAUAAAGCAGUUAUACAAGAAAGUGAAGCAGUAGUUGCUGUGAAGGUAUUGAACCUUCAGCAACGAGGAGCUUCUAAAAGUUUUGCAGCUGAAUGCGAGACCUUGAAAAACAUUCGGCAUCGAAAUCUUCUCAAGAUAUUGACAGUCUGCUCAAGUAUUGAUUUUGAAAAGAAGGAAUUCAAUGCUAAAGUUUACGAAUUCAUGCCCAAUGGGAAUCUCGACGAAUGGUUGCAUCCAAGAAUUGGUCAAAUCAAGCCUCUAAACCUUAUUCAGAGGUUAAACAUAGCCAUCGAUGUAGCUGCUGCCUUGGAAUAUCUUCAUUUUGAUUGUGAAACACCAAUCAUUCAUUGUGAUCUGCCAAGCAAUGUGCUUCUUGACAAAGAUAUGACUGCUCAUGUUGGUGACUUUGGACUUGCACAAUUUCUUUCCGAAAGAUCCAUUACUUCCUCCAACAGUCAAAGCAUAUCAAUUGGGUUAAAAGGAUCUAUUGGGUACGUUCCUCCAGGCAAAAGCCCCACUCAUGACAUGUUUAAAGAUGGUCGAAGCCUCCAUGAAUUUGCUGCAGCAGCGUGGCCUGAACGAGUGAUGGAGAUUGCAGAUCCUCUAAUGUUCUUGGAAGAAGAGGAGGUCCCUUGGUAUGUGGAAGGUGACUUCAAUGUGACCUUACUUUCCAGUGAGAAGCGGGGUCCGGGUCGAUUUAAUAUUGGUUCGGUGGCUAACUUCCAAGAAAUUGUAGAUUCCUGUUCUCUUUUUCAACUCCCCUCUCAGGGAAUUUCUUUACCUGGUCGAAUAAUAGAAGAAGAGGUGUUCCUAAACCUGCAAAUUGUCCGUUUUGGUUUCAUAAAUUCUAGUCGAAGCAUGAGGAUUCAUGAGGGUGGUGCUUUUCCUAAUAUUAAUCAAGCUUUUGAUGCUGCUGAAGCCAAAUUGAAAGAAGUGCAGGAGAAUAUUGAGAGAAAUGGCAUGUCAGACACUCUUUUUAAUCUGGAAGCUGAGGUUAAGAUGGUUCUACUUAAAGCUACUGAGUUGCAUGAGAAAUUAUGGGCGGAGAAAUCAAGAAAUAGAUGGCUUAAAGAAGGAGACAGGAAUUCUAAAAUUUUCCAUCUAUCAACCAAAAUUCGGAGAGGGAAAAGCUUAAUUCGGUCCAUUAAAAAGGAAGAUGGCAAGGUAGUUUCUUCUCAAUCUGAUAUUGUUGAUUAUGUGGUUAGGUUUUAUGAAUCUUUUCAUAAAAAAAUUCCCCUUUCUGCUCACCAUGAUCUUCUUGAUUGUAUCGCGUGA